CAUAAGAACUCUUAAUUUGGGCGAAUCCUCACCACCUCUCAUUUAAACUACAUAUGUGCUCUCAAUCUCAUCUCCUUAAAGCUUGGGUUCUCUAAGUGUGGCCUGCGGGUCGUUAGUGGCCCGUUCAAACAUUGUUUUUGGCCUGUGGACUUUGAGAACUCCUGCCAGCAGAGGGUGAGAGUCUGCUGAGCUGGUAAAGGCGUGUGGCGGUCUCCGGUUGGUUAGCACUUCAUCAGAGUGUUUUGGUGUUUUAUGAGGAAUCAUUAAUCUUGGUGGUCCAAAGAUCCAAAGGCCGUUUGCUGAGAACACUUUUGUUGCAAGAACUCUGAGCACUAAAGCAGCUCACGCUAACCUCGGACCCGUGUUUGUCCCUCAGUGACCUGAUGGGAGCCCUGAGCCACACAUUGAACCUUACUGAACAGACUCUGGUCCAGGUGGAGGACUUGGACUCUGCUGCAGGAACUAAACUGGACACUGUGAUGUCAGAGGCACAGAAACUGGAGGGGACAGUCCAGGAGCUCCUGGACCAGGUCGAGUUCAUCAAGAACUCCGACAUCAGAGGUGCCACAGACAGCAUCACUAAGUACUUCCUGCAGUCCCAGGAGGCCGAGGCCCAAGCUAACGCCUCCACCAUCGACAGCGGCAGCCCGGUCGAAGCCUCUGCUGCUCUACGGCAGCUCACAGAAGACAAACUGAACCAGACCCGAGAGAAGUUCAUGAAGAGACAGUCUGAGCAUGCUCAAAAACUGGAUGACCUGGCAGGAGAACUGCAGAGUCUGGACCUAGCAGAGCUCAGCAGCAAGACCUGUGGCAGUCCACCUUUGGGUCAAGACGCAUGCGGGUCUUCUUCCUGCGGUGGUCUGGGCUGCGUGAAUCCUGAGGGCAGGGCCAGGUGUGGAGGAGAAGGCUGUAGUGGUGCGGUAGCAACGGCCAACAGUGUCCUGAGGAAGGCUCGGGACUCUGAACAGGAAAUUGUCCAUGCCAUGGAGGAAGUGGAGAAGCUGUCUAAGAUGGUGUCAGAAGCAAAGCUACAGGCGGACAAGGCCAGGCUGAGUGCUCAGAACAUCCUGAUGAAGACCAACAGGACCAAACAGAAAGUUGACCAGAGCAACGAGGAGCUGCGCAGCCUCAUCAGACACAUCAGAGACUUCCUCACCCAGGACGCUGCAGAUCUUGAGAGCAUUGAACUUGUGGCAAACGAGGUUCUGGACAUGCAGAUGCCAACCACGCCGGCUCAGCUGCAGAACCUGACCGACGAGAUCCGGCAGAAAGUGGGAGAACUGGGACAUGUGGAAAACAUCCUGCAAGAAAGUGCCGACGACAUCCAGAGGGCCGACAAGCUGCUGGACGAGGCUCGCCGAGCCAGGUGAGAUUUACCUGUCCAUCAGUAAUGUUUGCCUGGUUUGCUUCAGCUUCAGGGGAUGAUAUCUUACAAGUUCUCCAGACUGAAAUCUGUCUUUCUUUCAGAAG